AUGUUAGCAGAGCAGCUGAAGAAGGUGAUACAAAAAGUGGUGGACAGACAACAAAUGACUUUUAUUGUAGGAAGACAAAUCAUUGAUGCAAUUUUACUAGCUAACGAGUGUGUCAAUGCUAGACAAUGGAGUAAUGAGCUAGGAAUUUUGUGCAAACUUGAUAUCCAAAAAGCUUUUGAUCAUCUAAACUGGAAAUAUCUGCUUGAGCUCCUUCAAAAGAUGGGUUUUGGUACCAAAUGGAUAAAGUGGAUCAAACGUUGUAUAAGCAUAGUAAAUUUUUCAGUCUUGAUAAGCAGAAGCCCAACUGGAUUCUUCCCCUCACAGAGGUUUAAGUCAGGGGAUCCAUUAUCCCCUUUUAUUUUCAUUUUGGCAAUGGAAGAAAUGAGCAACAUGAUUCAAGCCAGAUUAAAUGGUUGA